AUGAAGAAUGAGGUGCGGUCUUCUAAAAGACCCAUCAUUGAAGAUUGUUCGGUAGGAGCAUCCUUAAUGAACGUAAAUAAUGGUUGGAUGGUUCCGAUAAAUCAGGACACAGAAUUUAUCAUUGGACGCGCUCUUACCUCUUCGGUCAUCAUUGAAGAGUUAUUCAUGUCUCGCCGUCACUGUUCAAUCAGAUAUGAAAAUAGCCGUUAUUUCAUAUCUGACUUGCAGUCAGGCUCGGGUACUUUCUUAAAUUACGAAAGACUUUCAAGAAGUACGAGUAAUAUCACACAAUUACAACAUGGAGAUAUUAUUGGCUUCGGUGAUAAAAGAAAUAUAACUAUGACGUUCAAAUUUAUCUUACACAAUAUCUCCAACAAAAAACCAAGAUUAUACAAUGAACAUGAUUUAAAAGUUCAUAAUGAAGAGGAAACCUAUAAAAAUAACAUAACAAACCUUCAGAAGGAAUUAUUGAAUUUAAAAGCUAAACAUAUAGUAUUACGAAAUAAAGCUAAAAUUGAAUUAGCUGAAAUGCAAAAUAAGAUGAGCAAUAUUGUGGAAAUUACAAGUACACAAAUUAAAAAAGAACAAGAUAUGAUUCAAGAAAUGUCUACACUAAUGGUGAAAUUAAAGGAUGCAUUAAAUAAUGUGGAAUCACCUGAUUCAUUGAAAAAACAAAUCUAUUCUCAGUUAGAAGAUGAAUUUCAAUGUUCUAUUUGUAAUGAAUUAGUGUACAAGGCUAUGGUUCUAAAUUGCAACCAUACUUUUUGUGAAAUUUGCAUUGAAUCAUGGAAGAAUAGAAAUCAAAUGUGUCCUGUUUGUAGAGCUUAUAUUCUAAGUGUUUCCAACUGUUUGGCUCUGGACAAUUAUAUUACCAACAUUUGCGAUUUCAUAGGUGGUGCAGUUAAAGAUCAAAGGCAGUUGCUACAAAGAGAAAGACUUCUUCCGAGACCAACUUCCGAAUGAGGUAGGAAGAGAGUCGACAGCAAUUUUAAGAGGCAAUAUCCGUGACCA